AUGUCGUCAAAAUUACCACCAGAAUGCCUUCAAAUGAUAUUUAAAUUAUUCGAAGAUGACUUAAAGUCAUUACAUUCAUGCCUACUUGUGGACAGAUACUGGUGUGAUUGUGUAGUAUCCACGUUAUGGCGUCGUCCUUUCGAACUUGUAAGCCGUCCGUCGUCUGGUAAACUCAUUGAAACGUAUACCCACUUUUUCGAUGAAGAAUCCAAGAAGCUCUUAUCACCUCAUAAUAUUAUCAUUAAACCCGAACCGAUUGUAUUCGAUUAUCCUUUUUUUAUUAGAUCAAUACAAUAUCAUAACGUUUAUGAUUUUAGUUCGGUAUGGUUGCAUGAGGCGGACUGUCAAGGUCAACAAAAACUUUCCUCGUCGGACGAUAGAACCAAUCUAUUAAGAGCGUUCUCAAAAGAAUUGAUCAAAUUAUUCCUUAAAUAUAAUGCCGUGAAAGAUUUAUCAUUUAAUGUCAUAAGAUUUCUUGACGUACCUUAUUUGCCCGACAAUUUAAAAAUUCAUAAUUUUAGACCGCCCACGGUUCCUUUGCGGGAUAAUAGAGUGAAGGAAUAUCUAUCACCGUUUCAUUAUGACAUACUCGCUAUCAUUAGAGAUUCGAAACCUUUUCUAACAAAUUUACAAAGACUUGAAAUUGGUGUCAACGAGAGUGAUGCUAAUAUCAUGAAAUUGCUUGGAUCCUCUACCAAAAAUCUCAAAACCUUGGAAUUUCGUUUCUCGUCAGAAUCAACGGAUCAUCCUUUUGAUUUCGAACCAAACAUAGAUUACAUGAUGCAUCGUUUAAUUAGAAAUCAAAAAUGUAUAAAGAAAGUUGUCAUAUGUCAAGGAACUCUACAUACCCCGACAAUAAUUUUAUCGUUAGGAUGUCACGUCAAGACUUUAACGGAAUUAACAUUUGAUAAAGUUAAUUUUGAUUUUAUCCGAUCGGCGCAUUUGAUAUUUGAAACGAUCUCUUCAUGCUGCAAGUUGGAAAAAUUAGCGAUAACGAAUUGUCCGGGAUUAACCAAAGAAGUCAUCUCGCCUUUAAACAACGCGAAUUUCGGACAUUUGAACACAUUUACAUUUAUAAAAUUUUAUGACCCAAUGGAUGAUAUUAGGUCGAUCCUAACGAGAACGCCUCAAAUGGGUGAUCAAAUGGAACCUUUAGCAAGCUUGAUCUCGGGUACCAAUCAUAAUUUACAAGUUUUACGAAUUGGAUUAAGUUCAAUUCAUGGUAGAAGAUUACCGUUGAAUUUUAGCGGUACAACUUUCCCAACCGAGAGAAUCAUGGAUGUUUUAUCGUUAUCAUGUCCAAAUUUAAGUUUGCUCGAAAUUCAUAUAAGAAGGAUAACAUUUCCUCAAGUGUUGAAUCUCCUGAACUCUACAAAUCAACUAAGUAGACUUAUCUUCUCUGCAGAAUCGGAUUUGACCAACGAUGAAGAUUUUUGGAGGAGAUUAUCUAUGCAUAUCCCCACUAGUUUGCAAGAUUUAACGAUUAAUAUCAAUCUAGUGUUUUUUUUGGUGACGUUACAUCGGCUAUUCGAAAGGUUGCAAUGUAACUUAGAAAUCUUACAAUUCCCUAUGUCAACUUUUAUCAAUGAUGAAUAUCUUUGCAUCAUCGUUCAAUAUGCCAAUAGAAUGGGUACCAUGAAACGGUUGGUUUUACCUAAUGAUAACAAGGUUACCUCUAGAGGUCUCUCGAAUGCCCUUCAAGUAAUUGAAGAGAUUACGUACAUUGGUGAAAAUGAGUAA